CUGGCCGCUGACGCCCCUCCGCCCUCUCCGCCGUCUCCCCGGGCAGGUGCCGUCAAACCGCGGGUGAGCUGCAGCAGAGAGCUGGAACUGAAGAGCACCUUACGGGAGCUGGUCAUCUACAUCGUCUUCCUGACAGACCUCUGUAUCCUGGCCUUCAGCAUGGUGAGCACUGACAUGUAUUACCUGAACGAAGUCAUGUCCCGUGUCUUCCUGGAGCCCUCCUCUGAGGAUGACGGGAGUGGUUUCCGGAGUAUUAGGAGCAGAGCUGAUUUCUGGAGGUUUGCAGAGGGACCCCUGUUGGAUGGACUCUACUGGGAAAAAUGGUACAACAACAAGACGUCAACCCUCCAGAACAACAACAGCCAUAUUUACUAUGAGAACUUGCUGUUAGGAGUAGCCCAGAUUCGCCAGCUGAAAGUACGCAACAACACUUGCUCCGUCCACCCAUAUUUCCAUGCUGUUUUAGAAGGCUGUUACAGUGAAUAUCAUUACCGAGCUGAGGACAGGUCUGACUUUGGCCUAAGGAACGAAUCCGAAUGGAAAUACACCUCAGCCUCCUCGUUAUCCCCAUGGUACUGGGGAUCUAUGGGUUUGUACAGCAGCGGAGGAUUUAUGUUCACCUUACCUAAAUCGAAGCAGGAGAGCGUGGAGAAGUUGGUGUUUCUCAGGCAGAACAGCUGGCUCACUAGAGGAACCAGGGCUGUAUUUAUCGACUUCUCAACAUACAAUGCCAACAUAAACCUCUUCUGUAUAAUCAGGUUGGUGGUAGAGUUCCCUGCCACCGGGGGUGCUCUCACCUCCUCACAAAUCUGCUCUGUGAAGCUCCUCAGAUACAUCACGUAUUAUGAUUACUUCCUGGCCUUUUGCGAAAUCACCUUUUGCCUCUUUAUCAUCACAUUCAUAAUCCAGGAAACUUUACAAAUAGCAAAACUGAAAAAGGAAUAUUUCAGAAGAGCCUGGAACUGGCUGGAUUUGCUGCUGCUGGUGGUAUCCAUCCUUGCCAUUGCCUUCAACAUCUACCGCACUGUAAAAGUGUCUCUGCUAAUGGAAAAGCUGCUGUCUGAUGCCCAUGUAUAUCCAGACUUCUAUUUCCUUGCAUUCUGGCAAGUCCUUUACAACAACAUGAUUGCUGUCAACAUCUUCUUUGCUUGGAUAAAGAUAUUUAAAUACAUACGCUUUAACAAAACCAUGGCGCAGCUCUCCUCCACUUUAUCUCGCUGUGCCAAAGACAUCAUUGGAUUUGCCGUCAUGUUCUUCAUCGUUUUCUUUGCCUAUGCCCAGUUAGGCUAUCUGGUCUUCGGGUCGCAAGUUGAAGAGUUCUCCACUUUCCAAAACUGCAUUUUUACACAGUUCCGUAUUGUGCUGGGAGAUUUCAAUUUUGAAAGCUUAGAAGCAGCAGACAGAAUACUUGGACCUAUUUACUUCAUCACAUUUGUAUUCUUUGUCUUCUUCGUGUUGCUGAACAUGUUUUUGGCUAUUAUAAACGACACCUAUUCCGAAGUCAAAGCAGACUUUGAAGUGAUACCCAGUCAAGAACUUCAGAUCAGAAACCUCUUUAGACAGAGCUGCAAUAAGGCCCUCGUCAAGCUGAAGUUGAAGAAACCAGAGACGGAUACAAAUCCAGAGGACGAGAACUUGGAAAGCGAGGAAUUUUCAGCCACUAAAAGAGAGGAUAUUUCUCAGCUUUCCGAUGGAGAAAGUGCUAAUGAAAAGAGCCAUCUGAAGUUAUCAAAGCUACCAAAAGGAAAGGAAAAACUUCAUCAGAUGUAUCCAUCGACUGAGGACACGGACUCAGCCACAGUUCAGAACUAUGUCUCCACUGCAGAAUUUCACCAGCUCUACAGGUACACAGCUGAGUUGGGGAAAGAAUUAAAUAACACUAAUGAAAAACUCGGGAGAAAUAUAAAAAGCACGCAACGACUGAAGGAUACUUUUGUCAAGAUGGCACAGUGA